AGUAUAUUUUAAAUCGCCCAGUAUGCAAAAAGGAUAGUUAUUGAACUGUUUUCGCAAAGAAAAGGAAUUUAUUAAUAGUAAAUGAUUUACAAAAAAUGAGUGUUACGGAUAUAAAAGAAAUAGUUGUUGCGGCGAUAGAUUUUGGAACGACAUUUUCUGGAUACGCCUACUCUUACACGGACGAUUACAAACAUGACCUAUUCAAGUGUGUAGCUUUCUGAUUACUGUUGGCAGACUGACGUCAUUACCGAGUAUAAACGAGUUGCUGAAUUGCGUUGCUGAAUCAAUUUAUGGAUUGAGAACAUAGAACCGUGUGUCCUGCACAUGCGUACUGCACUUCGAAACAAACGUGUAGACUCAAUGUUUGCAACAUUGCCCUUUAGAUGUAUGUCCUGUGAAAGGGUAUGGUGUCAAAUCCGGCGCGAAUACACAGAUGAUCAAUUCCGGUGUAUUGUUAGGUGCCUUCAAAUACCCGCAGCUAAAGUUAUUGGAGGAAGUCUUGCUUUAAUAUGCCAUGUUUUGUUUUGUCUUACCGCUGUUCGAUUAUUGCCUACGUUUAAGGCCGAUACCUUUAAGGCCUGUUUUAUAUUUGUGGGUGUAGUUUUACAAGAAUACUUUAAUGCAAUCGUGUUUUUAUGGUUCCAGCAGCUACUAAAGCAAGAGCUGCACAUAACUGCAAUUGCUGUUAAAUAUAGAGCAGUGUUUAAUGAAUGUGGUGAACAAUAUGAUGAAAACUACAAUUACAAACCUGGAUUUCAAACAUAAACCAGGUUUAGAUGCACACGGUAUAAGCCCAAGCGACCCAGUAUGAGAACUGUUUUUAAACAUUUUUUUUUUAUAAAACAGUAUAAAAUGACUAUGUAGGUUAGGUACCGUCUUGGAAAUGCAAGUAAAAAGGACUGAAAGGCGUUAGGUCUAGCGUUUUUAAAACUGUUAAAUCUAGGGCAAUGAAUAAGAGUUCUCUUUUUCAAUUAGAAAUACUUUGUUUGAUGUUUGAAGAUAAACAACAAAUCGAAUUCAUUGAAGAAAUCGGAUGUUUGCACUUAAACAAACUAGCUCUGAAAAUUGGCCUUCAGAAACCAGUUGAUGGCAGUAAACAUAACUUGUUCUGAAAACGGGCCAUUAAAAUUCAGUUGAUGAUAGUAAAACGGGUCCUCACUCAUUUUAAAACGGACCCUGAGGUUAUGAAACUAUAAUAUGUACUCCGUCCUCAAACCUUAGUGGGUUUUUUUUUAUCAAGCUCUUGAUGUGUAAUAAAAAUGUUGCUAUGGCCUUACCAACUAUAUUUAAAAAAACAUUUUCUACGGCAACUCUCUUCAAAUGCAAACUACUUGAACAUGCUUAUAAGGUUAAACACAACAGCCUAAAAAUGAAAUAGUGUUCGAGAAAGGAGCAUGUUUAAAAGCUUGCUAACCACCGGUCAAUUUUUCGAAUUGUGGUGCUUAGUCGAUACAGUCUGCAGUUGGGACAUUAUUAACACUUUAGCGGAAAGGAAUCUCCGCCUCCCAUUUUCUAAUACCCAUCAUUACAAACCUCAUCCCGGCCUUUAGUUAAAUGCUUCAAAAGGCAGAUCUCGUGUGAUCAGAUGUUUUUAAUAAUUGUAGCGGUUAUUGGUGGGCCAUUAUAGGGUUGAGUACAAUGUCUGCUAAGGUAAAUAAUUGUUCACAGUCAGUUGAUUAUUAGAAUGAUAUUUAGUUUAAAGUCGUCAUCGCAUUUUCUAGAACAAAGCUCAAAUGAUUUUCACAAUAAUUUACAAACGUACAUCAAUUUAUCGUAUUGAAUUUUCUUUGUUUUCGGUGUUAUGUCGGUAAAGCACGGUUACGUUUAUUAACAGAUGUCAUAUGUUUAGACCAUUCCUCUAUGUAACUUACCAUAACUAUUUUUGGUCUUACCAUUCGUUAAGUCACUGUCUACUUUCCACAUGUAAAAAUAAGUGGAAUGAGACAAAAGACCCAUUUCGAAUGUCAUGGAACGUCAUAUGCUGACUUGGGAUAGAGCUCUUGACAUCCUGAUUAAUAUUCCAGUGGACAAACCACGUUACCUGGCAAACCCAUUUUGCUGUAAAAACUUGGUGUUAGUAGAGCAACACAAAUAGGAAAAAUACCAUAUUUUAGACAUUUAUCUUGCUGUAUUUUUAUGAUCGAUCAUAGAUAAGGGCAUGGAAAGGAAAACGUUAAAUGAUUUUAUUUCCAAUUGAAUUAUAUGUGGAUGCUGAAAUGAUGUAAUAUGCAUAUGUUGACGAAUCGAGUUUUUUUAACGAGUGACUGUGAAUAUAGCAUGCACAUCAAGGAAAACAAGGCAGCUACUACAACUGAAAUUGUUUGUUUGAAAUGUUAAUGGCGACAUUAUACCGAAAAAAAUAUUAAAAUAUUCUUUUCGUUCUUAAAUGAUUGUAAAAGAGGCCAGCUAACGCCCAAAUCAAUUGAAAUAAAAACCACGUGCAAACGGCAAUUAAUAUCUGUAUUGGAAUUUCAGUCAGAUGUUACACAUUAGUAGUCAGCAAGCGAUACCAUAUCAAAUGCUAUCAAAUUUACAUGGGACAAACAACAAAUUUUAUCGUCAACGGAUCGGUGAAAUGUCAAGCUAUUUUGCACAACGAAUGAUUUAAAUGAAACUUAGGCAUGUGAUGAAUAAAAUCUGAUUCGCUGUCAAUAACCGCAUGUUCAAUAUUCGUCCUGUUGAAAGAAGGAAGAUAUUAUAUUAAUAAUGAACAUGACUAUGAACAUAUUUCAAAAUGCAUAUCUGGAUACUGACAUAUAUUUUGAUGAAUUAUUGCGAAGGUUCUGAAAAGCCGAAAGUUGUAAUUAAACCAUCAUCCGUUUUACCAGUUCCACGAAACAUCCACUUAGCGCUCACCUGUUCUGCAAAUGCCUAUCCUGAUGGCAAUAUCACUUGGACGUUGAUGAAAGCGUCGAAUUCACCACAAUUACAUACAAAGAUGUGUUUAAAUGCAUCAACAUGCACUUAUGAAAUGACUACAUCUGACGUUGAACAGGAGUAUUUGUGCAUUGCAAAGAACAUACAUGGCAGUGACAACGGGUCCAUUAUUGUACCUGUUCGUCAACGUGCAGAACUGACUGGUAAAGAGUCCGUCAUUUUGGGCGUCGCAAUUGGCAUUUCUGGCGGAAUAGAAAUUCUUAUUAUUGCUACAGCUGUAAAGUAUUUAUGUCGACGUCUAAAACAAGCAAAGCUACAAUUAUGGAGAGAGGAUAAUCAGAUCGAAAUCUCGGAGCUUCAGCCACCGACAGCUGCAGAUGGAGAUGAAGUUACACAUACACAUAUUGACGGCGCUGAAUAUGCUGUCAUCGACAAGGCACACAGAGCUCCAGAAACCAUUGCUCUGCCAUCGAGCAAAGAUAUGCCGUCAUGUGAGGCUAAGACUAAAUGCGUAGAAAAUGCAGCCAUGGAAAGUUUAGUGCAGGUAGAACAGCCAUCAAUCGAAUAUUGUGUAGGUGCAUUGGAAUCAGGUCCUUCAACGCAACGUGAUGAUAGUGGACUUCAAAGCAAAGACGAUAGUUACACAACAGAUAAAGAAAAAGACAACCGAGACGCACCAACUGAUAAGAGGCAAGAGCGUUCUAUCAAUAAUCUUGUGUACGCGGAUGUUCAUGUCGAGCACUUGGAGAAAUCUCGAGUAGGAAAACGUGCAUGCAAUGAAGAAGAUCGGAGAGAGUACUCUGCAAUUUUGUUUGAUAAAUCUUGCGGCGUAAAACCUGACUCAUCCAAUGACAACUGAUUUUAGGUGUUGCAGACAAUAAACUGUUGUCCGCCUUCUGUCCCAUUGAAUAAUAUGUUUUUAGUAUGUUGUUUAUACGAGUAUCUAUAAAAUUGGUGUUAUUACAAAUGCUAAAAACAAGCUAUAAGUCAAGCGUACUGAAUUGCUUUCUGGUGUGUGUAUCUGCUCUUUCCAUGUACCUAUUUAAUAAACAGUCUCUUCUUUCCGUUUGUUAUAUUCUAUUAUAAUUUGAUAUCAUAUACAUAAAAUCUGCAUGCAAACGUAAUUAUGUGUUCUUUUAAAAGAAUAAUGAAUUGUUGUAUAUUUUUGAUGUUGUAUGCAUUACUUCGUCUGUCAAUUGACUUCUAAUGAGUAUAACUAUGUAAACUUGUUCGAAAUACGUCAUUACAAAUAUCAUGUAUUGAUGAAGUGUACAUGUUUUAUAUUUGAUUAUGUUUAUGCAGUACAUAUGUGUAAAAUGUACUUAAACAUAUGUUUAUUGUCUAAGUUAAGCAAAAAUUACAAAAACUGUACUUGUCACACAUCGGUUUCACUGUUUUAAAAUUAUUUUGUGAGAAGACUUUUGACAUCUAUAUUCCCUUCUGAAACGAACUGUUUUCAAAGGUUUGAAGAUUAACUGCGUCCAAUUCGUUCGAAAAAUGCAGAACCUUUUGGAAGCUUAUCAUACCACAAAGCACAAAAGAAAAACACCAAUGAAAACACCUAACUACACCUAAUAAUUCUAAGAGGAAGUAAUUGCACCAUACAAUAUCAUCGUCGUGAACCUAUCAUGAUGUGUUUUCCUCCACAUUCUGUCUGCCGAAUGAGUCAGCUUUCAUCCGUUGCCCUGCCGUACACCAAGUUUUUUUUUCUUCCUGUAAGCAGAAAAUGCAAAUGGUGAUUUACUGCAUGACGAUUAAACCAGUUUCGUUAGUGUUUUCUUGGAGCUUAAUACGUACGUAUCUUGUUUUGUGUUUGUUUCGCUUUUUUCCUUGAGCCUUUAAACAGGAAAAAAUAAAUGCUGGGCUAUUGGGCUUUUCCCUGUGGUUUCAAUUGUAACUUAAUACUUACAAUAUGGUAUGAAAUAACAAUAUUGUAAAAUAGAUAUCUUCUUAUUAUAAACUCCGUCAAUUCAACGAACAUUAUCAUGCUUAAACAAGGGAUAACAUAAUUAUGCACUUAA